AUGACAACUUCACUGGUUCUGCAUCCACGCUGGGCGGACACCUUGAUGUACGUUUAUGAAAAAAGCCCGAAUGAAAAUAAUCCGAAUAAAAACCAAACAAUGGAGGGAUUGAGCGGGAAUUACCCGGCGACCCAUUGCAGGGACCUAAUGUCGCACCCUGGGUUGGGGCGACAUUCGGGCACUAUAGCGACCCAUCAGGGCUCUAUGUACUCGGAUAUAUCUUCCCCAGACACCGGCCGACAGUGUCCUGCUCCCCAAACCUCCUCCAGUCCAUCUCUGAGCUACGGUUAUCCGUUUGGAAACCCUUAUUACGGUUGUAGGUUAUCUCACUCGCACAACGUGAACUUGCAGCAGAAGCCCUGCUCGUACCACCCUGCAGAGAAAUAUGGCGACCCCACCAGCACCGCUUUGCCCACCGAAGAGCUGUCUAGCAGGGCGAAAGAGUUCGCCUUCUACCCCAGUUUUGCUAGCUCAUACCAAGCGGUUCCUGGAUAUCUAGAUAUGUCAGUGGUUCCCGGGAUCAGCCACCCCGAACCCAGGCACGACGCGUUGAUUCCUAUGGAUGGCUACCAGCACUGGGCUCUGUCGAAUGGCUGGGAUGGGCAGGUGUACUGUUCCAAGGAGCAAACACAGUCCACUCAUCUUUGGAAAUCUUCAUUUCCAGACGUAGUCCCUUUGCAGCCUGAGGUCAGUAACUACCGUCGUGGACGUAAGAAGCGGGUUCCCUACACCAAGCUCCAACUGAAGGAGCUGGAGAAAGAGUACGCUGGCAGCAAGUUCAUCACCAAAGACAAGAGAAGACGCAUCUCUGCCGGGACCAACCUCUCAGAGCGCCAAGUCACAAUUUGGUUCCAGAACCGACGGGUGAAAGAGAAGAAAUUUGUCAGUAAAUCCAAGACUAGUAAUCAUAUGCAUACUACUUGA